AUGUUUUUUGCAAAUCAGUCUCAGACCAACGUCACAGUUGGACUGCAGUAUCAGGGGUUACUGGAAAGAGUGUUGUUGUCUAUUCUGUCUACAGUUCCAUGCUGUGUGUUUCUCUUCAUUAACGGGACCAUGUUAUUCACCUUGAGGAGUAAACCAGUGUUUUGUGAAACCUCCCGUUACGUUCUUCUGUAUAACCUCCUUUUUGCAGACACUGUAGUACUAGCACCAAAUCAAGCACUGUACCUAUUGGCUGCUUGUCGAAUAAUGUUAACAUAUCCUGUGUGUGGUGUUCUCAUUAUGUUUGCCAAGAUAACAAAUGACAUCUCUCCUCUCACGCUGGUGGUGAUGUCUCUGGAGAGAUAUGUAGCUGUGUGCUACCCACUGAGGCACGCUACCAUCAUCACCAUCAGAAACACAGGGUUGGCCAUUGUUGGGAUUUGGGCCUUCAGUUCACUAAAUGUCAUCACUCUUUUGCUGUUAGUUUUUACAUUUGAAGAUAUGCAGAACCAGCAGAUGAAAGACUUCUGUGGCAAAGAAAGCAUGUUGCUUGAUCCAGUGUCUUAUCUUUAUGAAAAAGCCUUCACUUAUUUUCUGUUUGUUUCAGCUGGUGUGGCAGUCAUUUGCUCCUAUAUUGGUGUGAUGGUAGCAGCCAGGUCAGCCUCUACAGACAAAGCUUCAGUCCAAAAGGCUCGUAAAACACUGCUGCUGCAUAUGGUGCAGCUGGGCCUCAGUCUUUCAUCAACUAUAUACGUCCCCUUGGUCAUAGCUAUCUCAAAGGUUCUCGACAGGAUAGUAAUUGUGCGCAUCCAAAAUGUGAUUUAUGUGUGUGCUAUCAUUCUCCCAAGAUGUCUGAGUUCUCUAAUCUAUGGCAUCAGAGACCAAACCAUUAGACCCGUCCUCAUACACCAUCUCUGCUGUCAGUGGAGACAGUCUCCUUUAGUCUCAAACAAAAAACAGAAGAAGGUGAAUCUAACCCUCUUCCAAUACCAGCAUUUCUCUCAGUCACCUCAUACAACUCUUAAUUCUGUCUCUCAAAAGCAAGGAGGACGAUGCAUUUCCCAACUUCCUUAA